GGCCCCGGCGCAGCGGAGGACGCAGAAGUCAAUGCCGAGAACUGGCUGCGACUCUACGGCUACCUGCCUCAGCCCAGCCGCCACAUGUCCACCAUGCGCUCGGCCCAGAUCCUGGCCUCAGCCCUCUCCGAAAUGCAGCGCUUCUACGGGAUCCCGGUCACCGGCGUGCUUGACGAGGAGACCAAGACGUGGAUGAAGCGGCCCCGCUGUGGCGUGCCGGAUCAGUUCGGGGUGCAUGUGAAAGCCAAUCUGCGGCGGCGGAAGCGCUAUGCCCUCACGGGCAGGAAGUGGAACAACCCCCACCUGACCUUCAGCAUCCAGAACUACACGGAGAAGCUGGGCUGGUUCCACUCGCUGGAGGCGGUGCGCAGGGCCUUCCGCGUGUGGGAGCAGGCCACGCCCCUGGUCUUCCAGGAGGUCCCCUACCAGGACAUCAGGCUGCGGAGACAGAAGGAGGCCGACAUCAUGGUCCUCUUUGCCUCCGGCUUCCAUGGCGACAGCUCACCCUUCGAUGGCACAGGCGGCUUUCUGGCCCACGCCUACUUCCCGGGCCCUGGCCUGGGCGGGGACACCCAUUUCGACGCAGAUGAGCCCUGGACCUUCUCCAGCACAGACAUGCAUGGGAACAGUCUCUUCCUGGUGGCAGUGCACGAGCUGGGCCACGCGCUGGGGCUGGAGCACUCCAGCAACCCCAGCGCCAUCAUGGCGCCGUUCUACCAGUGGAUGGACAUCGACAACUUCCAGCUGCCCGAGGACGACCUCCGGGGCAUCCAGCAGCUGUACGGUGAGCGAGCGGCAGGGACACGCUGGUGGCCUCUGCACGCCUACCCUCAGCCCAGCCCCACCAGGCACAGAGGCCCCCCAGCCCAGCCCCGAGCCACGGAGCGGCCUGACCAGUAUGGCCCCAACAUCUGCGACGGGGACUUUGACACGGUGGCCAUGCUGCGUGGGGAGAUGUUCGUGUUCAAGGGCCGCUGGUUCUGGCGGGUCCGGCACAACCGCGUCCUGGACAACUAUCCGAUGCCCAUUGGGCACUUCUGGCGAGGUCUGCCCAGCGACAUCAGUGCUGCCUACGAGCGCCAGGACGGCCGUUUUGUCUUCUUCAAAGGCGACCGCUACUGGCUCUUCCGAGAAGCGAACCUGGAGCCCGGCUACCCACAGCCGCUGACCAGCUACGGCCUGGGCAUCCCCUACGACCGCAUCGACACGGCCAUCUGGUGGGAGCCCACGGGGCACACCUUCUUCUUCCAGGAGGACAGGUACUGGCGCUUCAAUGAGGAGACGCAGCGGGGAGACCCCGGCUACCCCAAGCCCAUCAGUGUCUGGCAGGGGAUCCCCGUCUCCCCCAGAGGAGCCUUCCUGAGCAACGAUGCAGCCUACACCUACUUCUACAAGGGCACCCGAUACUGGAAGUUCGACAACGACCGCCUGCGGAUGGAGCCCGGCUACCCCAAGUCCAUCCUGCGGGACUUCAUGGGCUGCGAAGAGCCGGGACCCCGAUGGCCCGAUGUGGCCCGCCCGCCCUUCAACCCCGACCCCGAGGUGGUGGUGCAGAUGGAGGAGGUGACGCGGACGGUGAACAUGGUGAUGGUGCUGGUGCCCCCGCUGCUGCUGCUGCUGUGCAUCCUGGGCCUCACGUACGCCCUGGUGCAGAUGCAGCGCAAGGGCGCGCCGCGCAUGCUCCUGUACUGCAAGCGCUCCCUGCAGGAGUGGGUCUGAGCCGCCUCCCGCUCCCCACGGUGCUAGGGCCAGGCUGGUUCUGAGACUGCCCCUGGGGCACCCGGCGAGAGCCUCUGGUGGCUCCCUCGGCCCCUGGGUGGGGCCCCCCAGGCCCUCCAACAUCCCUGCCAGCCCUGCCCCCAUGGUUAAUUUAUGCCCAGGGUUUUUUUGUUUGGUUUUUGCACACUAACUGAGCAUUGGUUUCUACUUUGCUGGCCUGGGCCAGUCCCUCAGGGCAGGGGGUAGAGCUUUCUAAAUGGAGUUUAGCUCCAGACCUGGAAUUAGGCCCCACCCACCUUUGGCGAGGCCACAGCGCCAGCAGAGGGGAGGGUCCGAAGGCGCAGGUGGGAGCCUGGCUGAGCUGGGGAGGUUCUGCCCGCAGCCUGAGCCCCAGGGCCUGACCAGGAGCUCCCCUGGCCUCCACCCACCUACGUCUUUCUCUGCCUUAGGAACAGCUAAGUGGGUGUAGGCUGCCAGGGCCACCCCAGGUCAGGGGGACUGGAGGGAGAGGUGACCUGGCUGUGAGUCCAUGUUGAGUUUGGUUCCUUCCCAACCAACCCCAGCAGCCCGAGCUCCUUGUGCCUAAGAACCCUGCCUGCCCCUGGCCAGGGAGGGGCCGGCAGCCCCCAGCUCCCAUGUACCCCUUGAGCCCACACCCCUUUAUCUGUCUAGAGAAGCGGUUCUGGGCCCGCCUUACCAAGGACCAAAGGGCAUCUGCCAAGGCCCCUCCAGCCAGGAGCCUCGCCGCCCUGGCUGGGCCUCCAGCCCCCAGUCUACCUUCUCUUCUCUGAGCUAUAGGACCCACCUGGGCCCCUUCCCUGGGCCUAAUCCCAUCCUCUCUCGCCCACACCUCCAUCCUCAGGGGUCUCGGAACCCCACCAGCCUCAGGCUCCAGCUACCAGUUCACCAGCUCUCCUGGGAGAGAGGGGGCUAAUGGGUGCCCAGGCUGGGAUGCUGGAGUCGCAGAGCAUGCCCACCUGUGUGGGUGCCCACAGCCCUGCAUGCACCAGGCUUGGAGGGGGUUGCUCCCCUGCAGCUCCCUGUCCCCCCGGGCCCUGGUGGGAGAGGCCAGCAGGAGCCACUGGGGCCUGGAGGCUGCCGGGCUCAGCCCUGAGGGCGAGCUGCUCCCUUCUUUUCCUUCCCAAACCGAGCAGAGGCGAGGCUGCUGUGGGAAAUGGUACUGUAUAGCCGGCUCUGCCCCCCAGAACCCCGAGGCCCCGAGGGAGGGACUUCUCAUGGGCUGGCCCCCAAAUGCGGGUCCAGCAGCUUCCGCCCCCUCCAUCCUGAGAACGGAGAGCCAGCCAAGCGGGGACGGGGUCCGUGUCCACCCCCAUAUGUGUCUUUCUGUAAAUAACCUGCACUGAUUAAACCGUAUGGCUCGGC